AUGGAGGCAUUUCAAAAAGAGUUGAACGACAUCAAAGGAAAGCUGACCGGGUUUGACGAGAAGCUAGUGGGGUUCGAUGAGAAACUAACGGGCUUCGAUGAGAUGAAAAGCCAGCUCAACACAAUAGUAAGCAUAUUGUCCAGAAAAGGGAAGGAGGUUGCAACGAACGAGGAAGAAAUCGUAUUUGACGACGACGAUCGCUAUGAGCAACCUCAGGGAAAUGUCUCAGGUAGUAAAUUCAUUCUCAUACCUUCGAAGAACACAGGCGAAAAAGGUGAUAUUGGGUCAUCAAAGCAUGACAAAUCCGGAGAACCCGAGAAGCAAGAGGAACAUAAAAUUGAAGCUAUGCUAGAAGAAAAAUUAGAACACAUGAAUGAACGAAUAAGAAGCAUAGAAGGAGUUGAGUCGUACGAGCCUAUGGAUGCAUCAAAACUAUGUCUGGUCCCAGAUGUCGUGAUUCCUCACAAAUUUCAAAUGCCAGAAUUUGAAAGAUACAAUGGCACCACUUGCCCAAAAAGUCAUCUGGUCAUGUACUGUAACAAAAUGGCCAACCAUAUCCGAGAUGAAAGGCUAAUGGUACAUUGCUUCCAAAACAGCCUGAGUAGUUCUGCCCUACGAUGGUAUAUGCAACUAGAGAAAACAAAAGUGAGAAGAUGGCAAGACCUCGCUGAUGCAUUCAUGAGGCACUACAAGCAUAACCAGGAUCUGGCUCCAGACCGAGAAGAUCUGAGGAAUAUGGAAAAGAAUGAAAAAGAAUCUUUCAGGGAAUAUGCUCAAAGGUGGAGAGAGAAAGCUGCAGACGUUCAACCUCCUCUGUCAGAAAAGGAGAUGGUGUCAAUCUUCUUCGGAACACUAAGGGCUCCAUACUACAACAACAUGGUCGGAAUUACGACAACCAACUUUGCGGAUCUGCUUGUAAUCGGAGAGCGAAUAGAAAAGGGUUUGAAGCAAGGUCGGAUGGAAACUCCAGAAGCCUCCAAGAAACCACACCAAGCCCGAAGAGGAGAAGCAGAUGUCCAUUAUGCUCAAACAGAAUCAUCUAGAGGAAGAAGGUGGGAUCAUCAACCUCAGGCCAAUCAAGCCCAUCCAUGUGUUGCAAGAGCUGCAAUAAUUAAUCAACGUCCAACUUUUCCUACUCAACGAGCCAUCCAGAGCCCGACACGAGUCGCACCACCACCUAAUAACCAAAAUCAGAAUAAUUAUGAGAGGUUCAGGAAACCCAUCCAAAUCGAUCCUAUCCCUAUCACAUACACUGAACUUUUCCCUCAGCUAAUUCAAGGUAACCUAAUCUCCCCAAUACCAUGUGAACCUAUGAAACCUCCUUAUCCAAACUGGUUCAAAACAGACCAGCAUUGUGCUUACCACUCGGGAGUAGCAGGACACUCAACUGAGGAUUGCAGAUCGCUCAAGAUCAAGGUCCAACAAAUGAUGAAUACUGGCUGGUUAAAGUUCGAUGAUGAGCCAAAGCGUCCGGAUGUCAACAAUAACCCACUGCCAACUCAUGGGAAUUAG